AAGAAAUAUAAAUAAUUUUAUCUGCUAGUAGACAAUUAUAAAAUAUAAUUGAACAAUCAUGUUGUCCUUAAUAAAAAUCAUCAGUGUACUUUCCAGCCUUGUUCUCAUACUUGCUAGCAACCUGGAACAUGAUGGGUCAGCAACAAUAAGACUGCAGCAUUCAUUAACCUUAGACCGAAACCAACAAUGGGUAGAAAGAGGUAACAUUUCAAUAUACAGUCUAAGAUUAGGCCAAGCUGUGGUAAAACAGAAUCCACUAACACCACAGGAACAAAAACAGCUACAAGAUCUAGCAGUUUCCAAUAAAUUAUAUCAAGUUAGAUCAGUUGUCACUACAGAUGAAGGAAGUGAAAGAAGUUUCAUAUCAACUGUGAAAGCAUGUAUGCUUGCUGAAUCAGAACUAGAUGACAGACUUUCUGUUUCACUAGACUAUACUGGAAGAAUUAUAGCUGUGUCCCUUGUAGUAGCUUCAAAAUCUACUUGUGAAGGAGCCUUUGUUCCUUUGGACAAACUGAAAGAGUUCACUACUAGUGUUUAUGUGAGGCAAGCAGAAACAGGCCCUAUCCCUGAUACAGCCACAUUCAUUCAAAAAUUAGAACGGGAGAGGGAGGCUAAAGAGAAAGGAGAAACCAAAGACAAUAGAUCUUUCUUUGCCAAAUAUUGGAUGUACAUAGUUCCUCUCCUGAUUUUCAUGGCUAUAUCAUCAGCUUCAAAUCCUGAUGCACCACAAGCUCAAUAAUUUUGUUUGUGCUGUUGUGUUUGAAUUGAAGUCUUGUAAAUGAGUGUAGUAAAAUUGAAUAUUUAAAACUCUGUGA